AUGUUCUCCUCCAAAGACGACGAUCCCGACAAAACAGAGGGCUCAGCCAAGUCGGUAGUCCUCUCGAAGCGUUUGUCAGAAGACUACAUUGAGAACACACUGGUACCGCAUCUGGAGAGCCAGCUGCUAGACAACAUUCACAUCUACACUCCCGCUGAGCUCGCACAGAUCGCGAAGGCAUAUGCCAAACAAGACGUGCGACAGCGAGCCCUGUGUCAGAAGUUGGCGGACACAAUGAAGUUCCGCAUUAAGGGAUUUGAGGCCAUAGAUGUGGUCGACUGCCUUGGCCCAAUGUGGAUCAUGACGCCCGACGACGACGAGCUUUUUGAGAUGCUGGAACAGCGAAUUCUGGAGAAGAUGGAUGAUUUCACGGCUUUGAACUUCAUGGGAAUUGUCCGGAUCUACAACAAGCGAGCCUCCAAACACCACGAUUUACUGUCGAAGGUGAUUCCUAGAUUGAAAGAGCUCCUUGCGACCUAUGAAGGUGUGGAGCUCUCAGAGAUGUUGGUCUCCAUGGCACAGUCCAGCGAGGCGAGCGCGGAUAUGGAUAUUCUUAUGACGCUUGUGCCCGAGAUUGAGAGACGUUACAAUGAUGUGUCCUUGCUCCAUGCCAUCAACAACGUGUGGGCAUUGACGCAGAUGAAGAUCAACCAUCAGGGGCUCCUGAAGCGAGUUGCAGAGGACGUCUCGACCCCCCACAAGGUCAAGGACUUAACCCCCGGCUACAUGGGCCGGCUCGUCUGGGUCUACCGACUCCAAGGGCCGGAGACCUGGGCCUUGGUGAAGGACGCCCUGCUGCCGCUGGUCCGCGGUGCAGCGGCCGAGUUCAAGGCAGGGGACUUCGCACGCAUGGCGCAGGCACUCCCCGAGGAGCAGCAGUUCCUCCGUCGGGUGGCCGGCAACCUGCAGCCCACCUUGCCCGACAUGGGCCGGCAGGAGUUCCUCCUCUUCUUGCUUGGAUGUAUACACGGAGAAGUCCUCGAGGAUAGACCAGAUGCCGGGCAAGACUUUGGUGAACUCACUGCUUCCUGCCUGAACUACAUCAAGGAAGAUCAGGACAACUUCAAGCGAGAUGAAGUUCAGAAGAUCGUAUAUCUUCUCCACUUCUCGCCGAAGUAUCACUAUCUCGUUGACGAGAUGCCCGUUUCGUGGAAUGCCACCAAGCAGGAGACGCUCGAUUUCAUUCGUGCCAAAGGUUUUCGUUUCCUGCCCGCUGCACCGGCUCAAGCUGGGCCAUGGCUUCGUGCUUCACGGCUCUACUUCUACGUCAGGUCAAUGCACAAGGGCUACAGCUCCUGCGAUGGAGCAUCUUUACCAAUUGGCCAGGUCUUGGAUGAGCUGCCCUUGAGCUCUUUUCAUAUUGGCCACGUCCUCUGGACAGCUGCUGCUGUGGCACUCUUCGCCAUCCACUGUGAGCUGACCCCGUACAUGUUUCCAGGCCUACAGAUACAUUUCGGUGCAGACAAGGAGGAGCUGUCCACCUACGCAGCUGCAUUUCAGGCAGGAUGUGCAUUCGGAGCACUGGUCGCACCAGUACUGGUCGACAAGCUGGGCCGAAAGCCUACUCUGGUUUUCGGCGCAAUCGUGACGACGCUUCUGAACUAUGGUUCUGCAUUUGCAACUUCGUUCAAUAUGAUUCUUAUUCUGCGAACGCUGAGCUCCUCAAGCUGGGCGAUUGCUUACGCAGCUUUGGGCCCCUGGUAUGUUGAGUUCCUUCCAACGACUGCACGUGGGGCGAUGCUUGCUGCCAUCACGCUAGGGUGGCCUGCAGGACGAGCUGCGGUCAUCGUAAGCUCUGACUUCUUCAAUGAUGAUUGGCAAAAGCUGCUGCUGCUAGCUGCUGUGGCGAUGGGAGUCCUAUUGUUGAGCACGACUCUGAUCCACGAGUCGCCUCGAUAUUUGGUAGCUACUGGCAGGAUCGAGGAGGCCAAAGCUGUGCUCUCCGAUAUCCAUCGCAGAAGUGGUGCGCGCUGGUCGUCUGAUUGCCGGCUUUGCCUGGACCACACGUCCUUGACAGAUGAGAGGAGCUGGUACGAGCUUUUCUCAGCCGAGUACUUUGCCAAGAUGCGCUUCUCCCUGAUUCUAUUUUCCCUUCUUUCGAUGACGACUUGCCUGAUCGACACCUGGGGGCCAAUGCUGUUUCAGAAUCUCAUGUUUCCGGAGGACAAUGCUCUGCCUCGGAUGCUUUUGAUGAUCUUCAACUUGGGGGACCUCUGUGGGCUGGUUGUCUCAAUCCUAGUGGUGGACUUUAUCGGCAGAAAGGGAAGCUUUUUCGUAGGCUUCGGCUUUCAGGGGACUCUGCUCCUGUGCCUGGCAGGAACUCAUUCCUUAAAGAGUGACGAUGCGUGUCUCUACUUGCAGUCGAUCUUGGGAGCGAUCUCUGCUUCUUGCCGUGGUUUUGCGUGGGAGGCAGCUGUCAUGUGGUCUCUGGAGGCAUUCCCCACAUCUCUUCGGGCAGCGGCGCUUUCUCUGUCAAGGGUUGUGAUGCACUCCUCUGCGGUCAUCACGCUCAAGGUGUCGGCACAGUGCCUGUCCUCCUUGCCAGCUUUCAUGUGGUUGCAAAUACUGGGAUCUACAUGCCUUGCUGCUGGCGUAAUCGUGGCCAUUUGCAACCCGACGGAGAGCGCAGGAAAGCCUCUCACGGAACAUUCAUCUGCGACGUCGUAUCGUGCAUGUAGUCAGGCUUAG